AUGAGUGCUGAAAAGCAUGUCAUAGCCCCCUUGGUAUCCAAAACAGAAACAAAAAAUAAAUGCCAAAGCAAGCCGGACAGAGAGCUCCAAAGUUCCUAUCUGGAGAAGGAAUGUCUCUCAUUAUUUUCAUUCUAUUAUCAAUUCAAGUUCGUUCCUGAAAGGUUGCCAAAAUAUGCUUCUACUUAUUGUGGUUCCCUAAUUGUUGCCAAAGAAGAGGAGAAGAAGGAAGAGCCUAUUAAAGAGUUUGAUGAAGACUUAGGUUUCAACCUCUUUGACUAA